AACUUAGUUUGGCAACAUUGAUGGUGUUAUGUUUUGCGCGCCUCUCGUGGCGCUAAAAUUCAUCAAGUCCUUUCCUUCGUGUUUUGAGAUCGUGAAUGGUUCUACACCAAACAAAUCACAGCAAUGGUGCGAAUGAAUGUGUUAAGUGAUGCCCUUAAAUCCAUAAAUAAUGCAGAAAAACGUGGAAAGAGGCAGGUACUCAUUCGACCAUGUUCCAAAGUUGUUGUUAAAUUUCUGACGGUAAUGAUGAAACAUGGAUACAUUGGUGAAUUCGAAAUUGUUGAUGACCAUCGUAGUGGCAAAAUAGUAGUAAAUUUGACAGGAAGAUUAAACAAAUGUGGUGUUAUUUCACCUCGCUUUGACGUCCCAAUCACACAUAUUGAAAAAUGGACAAACAAUUUAUUACCUUCUCGUCAAUUUGGUUAUGUUGUAUUGACUACCAGUGGAGGUAUUAUGGACCAUGAAGAAGCAAGAAGAAAACAUCUGGGAGGCAAAAUUCUUGGAUUUUUCUUCUAAUGUAAAGUUAAUUAUUAAUAAACUUUAAUAAAAAAUG